CUCAGGCCCAUGCAAGUUGGAAUCUUUUUAUCCACAGGACAGUCUCAUGGCGCCCAGAAAGCAGAAAGCAGUGAAUGCUCCAUGGAGGGAAUGAGCUCCAGGUCCUUCCUUCAUUCCCUCUCUUUCUCUUACCCCCUCUCCCUGAUCAUAGUAAUUUACUCAUCUAGCACAACAUGCUGGACACCACUUAGGUGUCGUAGCAUCUUUCGAGAUCAGUAACUGUGACCUCAAAAAGAAUGUAUGGUUUUCACUAAAGAAAGAAGAGGCAAAGGCGCACUUUUCUUCAUGAAGGAUGAAAGGGAAUUUCUCCAAAUGCCACUGCUACCAUUACUGCAAAAAAGGACCAUGCUUUCCAGUACUGGGCCAAUGGAAGCUGUAUUCAUGGCGACAAGUGUUGGUAUGGCCAUGAUCCCUCCCAGCAAGGAAUCUCCCCUAGUUCAGAUGAUCAAGGUAUUAAAAGGCGCCAUAGCGACCUUUAACACAAUACAAGAUCACUUUGUGGUACAGUCGACGCAGGAGCGUCUCCAGGAGAUGUUUGAGGCUAGCCAAGGAGCCACAGUGAGGGGGAUUAUGAUGAAUACCGAGGAAUGA